AGCCGAAGAUGUCGGCUCGGUCAUGUGAUCAGCUGUGUCCAAUCACAGCUGAUCACAUGGGACAUGUACACUGAUCAUCAGGGCACUGAUGAUCAGUGUGCCCUGAUGAUCAGUGUGGCCCCAGCAGUGCCAGCUGUCAGUGCUGAACAGUGCCACGUGCCAGUCAGUGCCAUCUAUCAAUGCCAGUCCUGCCUAGUGCCAGUCCCACCUAACAGUGGCAGUCAGUGCUGCCUAUCAGUGCCAUAUAUGAGUGAUGCCUGUCAAUGCCCAUCAGUGCCACCUAUCAGUGCCCAUCACUGCAGCCUCAUUAGCGCACAUCAGUGA